AUGGAAGAAAAUGACCAGAAUCACAGGGAAGUGGAGCAACAGCAUCAGCAGCAGCAAGAGUCAGGAGAUGAGUCCAACAGGGGGAUCCUGCCAUUGCUCCAAGCUCCAGGGAAUCACCAGCCCCAUCACAGGAUCACAAACUUCUUUAUUGAUAAUAUUCUGCGGCCAGAGUUUGGAAGGAGAAAGGAAGGAGCUGUCCAGCAGGAUGAACUCUUCUCGGGCAGGGACAGUGUGGUGGCACGGUCUGGAGCAGAGACUGGGCAGCACAGGAGCAGCACUGGGGUCACAGAGGGAGAAGGGGCAUCCAAAGCAAUGACUGGAGAUAAGAAAAUUGAUGUGGGCAUAGAAGGACCCCUCAAACCCAGAAGCUUGAGUGGAGACCAUUCCUUGAGCUCAGACUCUGAUAGUUCUCAAGCCAGCUCAACCAAUAAAAAGCAGCCCAUGCUAUGGCCAGCCUGGGUCUACUGCACCAGGUACUCAGAUAGACCUUCAUCAGGUCCAAGGUCCCGUAAACCAAAGAAGAAGACAGUGAGCAAAGAAGACAAAAGGCCCAGGACAGCCUUCACCGCAGAGCAGCUCCAGAGGCUCAAAGCUGAAUUUCAAACGAACAGGUAUUUGACCGAACAGAGAAGACAAAGUUUGGCUCAGGAACUGAAUCUGAACGAAUCUCAGAUUAAAAUCUGGUUUCAGAAUAAAAGAGCUAAGAUUAAAAAAGCCACAGGGAACAAAAACGCCCUAGCACUGCACUUGAUGGCACAAGGACUCUAUAACCACUCCACCACUUCCAAGGACAGCAAAUCAGACAGCGAGUAG